AUGAAGUCGUUCACGCUCCUCCCGGCCUCCAUGGCCAGCCUCGUCCUCGCCGUCUCUGCCUCUGCCUCCCUCUCCGUCUCGACUCCGCCCUCCAUCUACGUCUUGAUGCCCAGCGCGCCCGCAACAACCGGAAGCGGAAGCGGAAGCGCCGUAGCCGAGGCCCUCAACAUCCUCGGCUACAGUCAAUGGCACCCGCCGCACGCCGACCACCAGACCAGCCGCAGCCUGAGCCCCGACACCUACGCUGUCCUCGCGUUCAGCACCGAGUACGUCAACAUCUCGCGCAGCAAUCCCGACGCCAGAUUCAUCCUGCCCAUCGAGCCCAAAACCCGAUCUUCGCGGCCGGGACCCUGGCUGGGCGCUCUGCUGCAGACGCGGUCUGCGUGGCGGCGGAAAGAGGUGGCGAACGAGUACGCGGAGACGGUGCGUGACUUCUUCGCGCGAGAGGAAGCGUCGCGGCAGCUGCUGGAGUUGGAUGUGGAUGCGCCGAGGUCGGACGCGCAGGCCCAGACCUGGGUCGCGCUGUGCGAUUUCCUGGGCUUGGGAUACAGCGUGGUUGAGCGGCUGAAGCUGUGGCGGUUCCCUUGA